CCCCAAAUUGUCGCUUUGUAUAAAAGCGUCUAACAAGUAACACGUAAUGUAAUGUGUCUUCUUGGGUUUAGAAUGUACUUUGUAUGUGUUUGUGUCUCAGUGUCUUAUCUUGAAUCUUAAAUGAUCAGUUAUGUUAACCAAAAUUAAAUGAGUCAAUUCUCUAGCCUGGUAUUUAGAUCAAAGUCUAUCCUCUUUGUCUCGUCAGUUAGUCCUGACCAAUAGAAUAAAUAGUGAUAGCUCUGUGGAGAUUUUCUAUUGCAAGAACCUGCUUUGCACCAGAGGUUUUCUUAGCCACAAAGCGCUAAACAUAUUACUCGCUCUGUGUGGUUUCCUGUUAAGAUAUGCCAUCCUGUUGUCUGUACCCCACUCUUUAACCUCAGUUGGCAGUCUACUCUUUCUGUCUUUGCUGAACCUCUCAAUGGAUUCAAUCUGAUUGAUCGUGAUGAGUUUGGAGAGCUUGAACAUGGCUGGAGGUGUCCUGGGAACGGCCUUCUCUCUCCUGCUUCUUGCCUCUAUUACACAAGGGCUCCAGGAUGUUGACAUUUUACAUUAUGAAAAGAUGGAGGCAGUAGUCGGGGAGAAUGUUACCUUACCCUGUAUCAUCCAAAGCAGUCCUUCUCUCACGAUCACAAGUGUUGAAUGGAGAAAGAACAAGAGCAGAAACACAAAGCUGGCUGUGUACACCCCAACUUAUGGACUCAGUCAGUUCUGGCCUAAUGUCACCAUGCAGAUUGUGCCCAACGGCUCCUAUCUACACCUUCAUAGCGUGGAAACAUGGGACAGUGGUUUCUAUAUUUGUGAAAUUGCGACUUUUCCUCUGGGGUCCAUCAGCAGCGAAACAGAGCUAGAGAUCAAAGAUGAAGUUAAAUUAUUGUGUGAUGCGGAAAGCAUUGUUGAAGUUCAUCCUGGAGAAAAUGUGACAAUUUCAUGCACAGCGUUUCCUGCUGAUCAUUACAAGUGGACCAAGAACAACACACUGGUUUCAGAGAUUCAAUCUCUGGAGCUCUGGUUGGUGACUGAAGCUCACUCAGGGAUUUAUACACUGACUGUCAACACAGGAAACAAAAGUGUGCAUAAAGAGUUCUCCAUCACGGUGCUAACAGCAACCACAAGCCUGAGGACGGAUCUCCAGGUGGAGGUGAGCAGAUCCCAAUCGUCUACUCACCUUCAGUGUCUCAGCAGUUGGCCACCCAGUAGCACUUCCUACAUCUGGUUUAAGAAUGGAAGGAAAAUAAAGGAAUACACAGCUCCUUAUGCAAACUUCACUUAUGAUUCUGCAGACAGUUAUUCCUGUGCUGUAAAGGGAUAUGAGGACUUCCCCUCUCCUUCAGUGUACACUCCUAAGUUUCCCUUUGUGUCAGUGAGUCCCUCUGCUGAGAUAGAGGAGGGCGGUUCAGUGACUCUGACCUGUAGCAGUGAUGCUAACCCAGCAGCUAACUACACCUGGUACAAGAAGAAUGAAGACUCUCCAAAAGCUUCAGGACAGAUCUUCAACAUCACUGACUUCAGAGCUGAACACAGUGGGAAUUAUUACUGUGAAACCCAGAACAUAUUAGGACGUAGUAACUCCACCUUACAUCUAAUUGUUGUGGCAGGGAGUUCAACAAUGACAAUGAAUAUCAUCAGGAUGACUGUGCUGGUCUUGAUGCUGAUUCCUGUAUUUCUCCUGAGUCUGUGGAUGAGGAAGAAGAAAGCUCUGAGCUCCACCACUGAAGCACAUGAACCUGUAGAGAUAGAGAUGAACUCUAUCCAUGACUAUGAGAACAUCGAAGACACAGAAGUGCAGGAAGACAUGGUGUAAAGUCCAGUCAGAUGCUCACCUGAUGGAAAUAUAGAAGAAGGACGUUGAAAUAUCCCUGUGGAGAGCGAGGCAGUGGAGGAUGUGGGGAAAGUGGAUACAUUCAUGUUGGGAAAAUACUGGAUGUUUCUUCUAUAUCAGAGUAGCACAUGAUAACAGAGGCCCUACGUAGCUGUGUACGUAGCCGGAUGUAUGACUACAUGGAUGACGCUCAUGAGACACUGUGUUGAAGUUAUGAUAGCUAUGUUCCUAAGAUUGGCAUGAUGACACAGCCCCUAUAGCAGGGGAUGGGGAACCUUUUUCCUCUCAAGGGCCAUUUCAAUUUUCACAACAUCCUCCGAGGGCCGUACAAAUUAUUGAACUCAACCUCUGUUUAAAAAAAAAAAAAAAUCACAGCCCAUUAAUUUUGGCUUUCUUUCAUGUUGUGCAAAAAAAAAGCAACCUCUUAAUACAGAUAUCUUUCUGUUUUAUUUUCAAAGUUUUUAUGUUAUGCUUUGGAGAGAGUGUGUAAAAGGCGUAAGGACCAACAUGCACUAUGACUUGUGCAUGCAUGAACGUGCACUGUUGUGGCAUGACCACCAAAACAGAAAGAUAUGGACACAAGAUGUGUGCAAAUGUAUUUAGUAUCCUAUCCAUGUGAACAUGAUUUAAGGGGGGGGACCUAAAAUCCUGUAGGGAUUUACAAUUUAUAACAAUUCACCUUGAUUUGCCAAGCUUUUAUUGUCAGCUUUUCAGUAGCAGCAGCAGGUAGGAGUCAGCAGCAUGUACAGUACCAGUCAAAAGUUUGGACACACCUUCUUAUUCAAAGU